AUGAGAGAUAUUGUUAUUUUUUCAGGUUCAUCCAACGAACCACUCUGCAAGAGGAUAUGCGACAACUUGUCACUACCAUUAGGUAAGGUGUUACUUAAAAAAUUUGCAAAUGGCGAAACUUCAGUUCAAUUAGAGACCUCCGUUCGAGAGAAGGAUGUCUUUAUUUUACAAACGGGAGCAGGGUCAGUCAAUGACUACUUGAUGGAGUUACUGUUAAUGAUUUCAGCGUGUAAAAUGGCCAGUGCAAAGAGAAUCAAUAUUAUAAUGCCAUUAUUUUUCUAUUCGAGACAAUUAGAUAUGCCUGCAAUCAAGUAUGGCGAAUAUCUUUCAAAUAAAAUCAAAGUUGUUGGAAACGUGAAACCGUGGGUCUCACAAAAUGGUACACUUAUUGCAAAUUUGCUGACCAGUGCUGGUGCAAAUCAUAUCAUUACAAUGGAUUUACACGAUUCUCAAUACCAAGGUUUUUUUGAUAUACCUGUUGACAACUUAUACUCCAAGCAGCUUGUCCAAUAUUACAUUACGAACUAUAUUCCGUGUUUCAAAGAUUCUGUAAUUGUGUCGCCUGAUGCCGGUGGUGCAAAGAGGGCAACAGCGAUUGCUGAUUCAAUGGGAUUGUCAUUUGCUUUGGUUCAUAAGGAGAGAAGAAUUGAAACCAACGAGGACAUGUCCAUGUUAGUCGGCGAUGUGGAAGGGAAGACUUGUGUUAUCAUCGACGACCUAGUGGACACUGCAGGAACCUUGAUCAAAUGUGCAAAAUUGUUACAGUCCAACGGAGCAACAAAAAUUUAUGCCAUCGUCACACACGGGUUAUUCAGUGGUGAUGCAUUACCUAAAAUCAAGGAGUGUGGACUAUUCACUAAAGUCAUUACUACCAAUAGUGUUAACCAAAGUAAAAGGUUGGAAACGGAGAAAACCGAUGUUUUGGAUGUUUCUAGAAUGUUUGCAGAAGCCAUUAGAAGAAUUAAUAAUGGUGAGUCGGUUUCAAUCAUCUACAAUUCAAUGAUAUAG